AUUCGCAGCCGCUGCCACGGCCUUCUCGCGCCUUCUCAGCUACUUUCGCCUAUGAAUAUCGCCCACAUUUCUGCGUAUUUGCACUUGCAGCUGUCCCUGUAAUUCAUGAGCUCGAGCUAGGGGUUCGGUUUCUGGUUUCUUCCGGCGAUCGACGAAUACCGAAAUCAACAUGCAUGUAGCAUCGUCUACUUCUUCUUCAUCUUCGUCUUUGAUUCUCAGAGCUGCUAGGCUUCGCGUCUUGUCGUCGCAGUCUCUUCUCUAUCCGCCACCACCUUGCCCUUCCGGGGCUUCAUCGGUUUCCCGUCCUCAGUCUUCGCCGUCUUUGGUCAACUACCGGUCACUGAGUUUCUCCUCUUCUUUCCGAUCUCUCCGGUCUUCGGUCCUCGGGUGGAGCCACGGCGUCGACCGGAGGUCGCCGGUUAGCCUGAGAGCUCAGAUCAGAAACGCCGAGCCUGUGAUCGAAAGGUUCCAGCGCAAGAUCGCUACUAAGGCUUCACAAAAUCCAUUCAAGGGAAUAUUUACCAGUCUUCCCAAGCCAGGAGGAGGCGAGUUUGGAAAAUUCUACAGCUUACCAGCUCUCAAUGAUCCAAGGAUUGACAAGCUUCCCUACUCUAUCAGAAUUCUUUUGGAAUCGGCAAUACGAAAUUGUGAUAAUUUCCAGGUUAUUAAGGAUGAUGUGGAGAAGAUCAUGGAUUGGGAAAAUACUUCACCAAAGCAAGUUGAAAUUCCUUUUAAGCCUGCCCGUGUUCUGUUACAGGACUUUACAGGAGUCCCAGCCGUUGUUGACCUCGCCUGCAUGCGGGAUGCUAUGAAUAAGCUUGGUGGUGAUUCUAACAAGAUCAAUCCCUUGGUUCCGGCGGAUCUUGUCAUUGAUCAUUCAGUACAGGUUGAUGUAGCAAGAAAUGAAAAUGCUGUGCAGGAAAAUAUGGCAAUUGAAUUUCAGAGAAAUAAAGAAAGGUUUGGCUUUCUUAAAUGGGGUUCGACUGCUUUCCAUAACAUGCUUGUUGUGCCUCCUGGUUCUGGUAUCGUUCAUCAGGUUAAUCUUGAAUACCUUGGGCGGGUUGUUUUCAACACAGAUGGCAUUCUUUACCCAGAUAGUGUGGUUGGAACUGAUUCCCAUACAACCAUGAUUAACGGGUUAGGAGUUUCUGGCUGGGGUGUUGGAGGAAUUGAAGCUGAGGCAGCAAUGCUUGGCCAGCCAAUGAGCAUGGUUUUGCCCGGUGUUGUUGGAUUCAAAUUAUCAGGAAAAUUACGCAAUGGUGUCACAGCAACUGAUUUGGUUUUAACUGUGACCCAAAUGUUGAGGAAGCAUGGCGCUGUUGGCAAGUUUGUGGAGUUUCAGGGUGAGGGUGUGGGUGAACUAUCAUUGGCCGACAGGGCCACAAUUGCAAAUAUGUCCCCUGAGUAUGGAGCAACCAUGGGUUUCUUCCCUGCGGAUCAUGUCACAUUAGAGUACCUUAAAUUAACUGGAAGGAGCGAUGAGACUGUAGCUAUGAUUGAAGCUUAUUUGCGUGCAAACAGAAUGUUCGUUGAUUACAAUGAGCCUCAACAAGAGAGAGUAUACUCAUCGUAUUUGGAGUUGGACCUAGCUGAUGUAGAACCCUGUGUUUCGGGACCAAAAAGGCCUCAUGACAGAGUUCCUUUAAGAGACAUGAAGGCUGACUGGCACUCCUGUCUGGAUAAUAAAGUUGGAUUCAAGGGCUUUGGUGUACCAAAGGAGGAGCAAAACAAAGUUGCAAAAUUUCCAUUCCAUGGACAGCCUGCAGAGCUCAAGCAUGGUAGUGUGGUUAUAGCUGCCAUCACAAGUUGCACAAAUACGUCAAACCCAAGUGUUAUGUUGGGAGCUGGUCUUGUUGCAAAGAAAGCUUGUGAACUGGGGUUGGAGGUUAAACCAUGGACAAAAACAAGUCUGGCCCCAGGUUCUGGAGUUGUCACAGAAUAUUUGCUACAGAGUGGGCUGCAAAAGUAUCUGAACCAGCAGGGUUUUCAUAUUGUUGGCUAUGGCUGCACGACAUGUAUUGGGAACUCUGGGGAACUUGAUAAAUCAGUUGCUUCUGCAAUUUCAGAUAAUGACAUUGUUGCAGCCGCUGUGCUUUCUGGAAACCGGAACUUUGAAGGUCGUGUCCAUCCACUCGCAAGAGCAAAUUAUCUUGCUUCGCCUCCAUUAGUCGUGGCUUAUGCACUUGCUGGCACGGUUGACAUUGACUUUGACAAGGAGCCAAUUGGAACUGGAAAGGAUGGCAAAAGCAUAUACUUGAAGGAUGUCUGGCCUAGUAAUGAGGAAAUUGCAGAGGUGGUUCAAUCUAGCGUGUUGCCAGAUAUGUUCAAGAGCACUUAUGAGGCUAUCACAAAGGGUAACCCAAUGUGGAAUUCACUAUCAGUCCCUUCUUCAACUCUUUAUACUUGGGAUCCAAAUUCAACCUACAUUCAUGAGCCACCGUAUUUCAAAGAUAUGGCCAUGGACCCACCAGGUCCUCAUGGAGUAAAGGAUGCCUACUGCUUGGUCAACCUUGGUGACAGUAUUACAACUGAUCACAUUUCACCAGCAGGAAGUAUCCACAAGGACAGCCCUGCUGCAAAAUACCUGCUUGAGCGUGGUGUUGAUCGCAAGGAUUUCAACUCUUAUGGUAGCCGUCGUGGCAAUGAUGAGGUUAUGGCAAGGGGAACCUUUGCAAAUAUCCGCCUUGUCAACAAGCUGCUGAAUGGAGAAGUUGGCCCAAAGACCAUUCACAUUCCAACUGGGAAGAAGCUUUACGUGUUUGAUGCCGCAACGAGAUACAAGGCUGCUGGGCAGGACACCAUUGUCUUAGCAGGAGCAGAAUAUGGAACUGGCAGUUCUCGUGACUGGGCUGCUAAGGGCCCAAUGCUGUUGGGAGUGAAAGCAGUGAUUGCAAAGAGCCUUGAGAAGAUCCAUCGGAGCAACCUUGUUGGCAUGGGCAUCAUCCCCCUUUGCUUCAAGCCUGCUCAGGAUGCUGACACACUGGGCUUGACGGGUCACGAGCGUUACACCAUAGACCUGCCGAGUAAAAUCAGUGAAAUAAGGCCUGGACAAGAUGUCACCGUGACCACUGACACCGGCAAGUCUUUCACCUGUACGCUUCGCUUCGACACAGAGGUUGAGUUGGCAUACUUUGAUCAUGGAGGCAUCCUCCCAUACGUCAUUCGCAAUCUGAUUAAGCAGUAAGUUCUUGAGCUGAGUAUUCACACAUCUGCCAAAUAGCAGCCGCCAGCCACCCUGCUUCAACGGAAACUAGCGCAGAAAGAAUCGGUAUAUAUGUACCCUUUUGUAUGGACUGUAUCAUCAAUUGGGGUGAAUUAAGUAUCAGUUGCAGCUUGGAGUGAUUAAGCUCCGGGCGUUCAAUUUUAGAGUUUUAAUUGUCUUUGUUUGUUUAUAUAUUGAAGAAUAGAAUAAAAGA